AUGUCUUCCUCUACCGACGAGCCCCUGGAUCAGCAAACCAUCAUCAUCAAGGAGGCUUCCACGCCUCAGUCCAUCGCCAACAUUCUCUCCGGCAUUGAUCCUGCAACAAAUGAGUUUACCAAUCUGAUCACUCGCGUCCUGGGCAUCCGCGGUCUGGCCAUGGCAUCCGGACUGGUGCUGGUGUUGCUGCUCCUACUCGUCCUUGUCCUCGUCCUCGCCAUGGCCCUCGCCCUUGGCUCCCUGCUGCUCCUGCUGCUCCUGGGUCCAGCUGGGCUGGGCAUGGGCCUGUUGUUGGUGCUGAUGCUGGUGGUGGUGCUGGUGCUGGUCCUGAUGGUGGUAUUGGUGCUGCUGGGGCUGCUGCUGCCACCGCUCCGCCUCCUCGCCCCCGCCCUUGCCCUCGGCGCCCUCCUGCUGCCCCUGCUGGUGCUCCUGCUGUUACUCCUCCUCAUCCUCCUCGUCCUCGUCCUCCUCCUCCGCGGCGAGGCCGCGCGCACGGCGCCACGCCCGGCACAGAGAGGGCGAGCAGGACGCCCAGCGCACAAACGAGGCUGCCCGAGGUGUGCCGAGAUGAUUGGCAUGACAUUGUGUGAUCGUCCAGACGCGCCGAAACACUGCGUCGGUGUUAGUCACGGAGCGUGA